UAUAGACCAUCUUAUUUCAGUGUAUAAUUAUUACUUUUUUUCUUACACAUUUAAUCCACACAAACACAAACCCUUUAUUUCUGUUAAAAAAGGACAACUCGACAACGACAAAAUCUAAUUUAUUUUGCAACAAUAAAAAAUCAGCGUAAAUAUUUGUACAUCCAUACACACACACAUAUAUAUAUAUAUAAAUAUACAUAGAAAAUAUCAUUGUAUGUUUCGCUGAACAAAAUCAUUUAAUACAUUAUAACAGACGAGACAUUCUCUAUGAAAUCAAUACCCACAAAAGAACAUUCACUCAUAAAUUGUUGCUGUUGCUGCUGUCAUUGCUGUUGCUAUCAUCAAACACAGUCUGUUCCUCCAUGGAAACCAAGUGUCGACUCACUAUGCUCAUGCUGUAGCUGCACAUCAACCAUAGAAAAAGAAGACAAAGGAAUGCUAGCAGAAUCAUUAAUAUCGACUGGAGGUACAUUAUCAAUUGACAUAAAGUUAUCACCAGAAGAAAAUGCAAUGCCAGAUGAUGAAAAGAUACAGAAAAAGAAACUUCAUGCUAUUGAAGAACUACUUCAAACAGAACGUGAUUAUGUUCAAGACUUAAAUUAUCUGAUUCAAAUUUGCUUGAAGGCAUUAGCUCGUCAAACAUGGAUUACUAAAGAACACAAAAUUAUUAUCACUCGAAAUGCACAAGGGAUUUUCAACUUUCACAAGCAGUUUAUUAUAUCUUACACACUGGAUACUUCAAUGUCUGAUUACAACUCCUCUAUGAUUGCCAAAAAGUUUCUUGACCAGAUUAGUCAGUUUUCGCUAUAUAAAUAUUACUGUGAUCUGCACGCAGAAGCAUGGACCCUAUUUUCAGAGUAUCGAGAUCGACCUGAAUGGUCAGGUUUCCUUAAAGACUGUGUAAUGCUCGAUUCUUGCUUUAUCCCUUUCACUCUUGCAUCAAAUAGCCUAUCACAGCCAAAAAAGUUGCAAUUUGAAGACUACUUAAUCAAGCCUGUACAGAGAAUAUGUCGAUACCAUUUGCUCGUCAAAGAAAUUAUUCGCUAUAUUUCUCCUCAAACUGCAGAAUAUGAUUUAUGGAGUGCUGUGUUAAACGAGAUGCAGGACAUUGUCAGCGAAAUUGAUCACCUCAAGCAACAGAGAGACAUGAAGGAGCGUACAAAUCGAUUUAUUGAACGUCUUGAUAGCGACUGGAGAAUUAGUAGGCGACAUGUAGCUCAAUUAGGCAACUUGUUGAUUGCAGGUGCCAUUGAGGUGACCUAUUCUGCUUUAGGUCAAAGUGUUUCUAAACCAAGAUAUCUUGGAUGCUUUGUCUUCAAUACCUACAUGAUUAUGGUGAGGCCAAAAAAGGUGAUUAGCUACGAACCCAAACAUUGGUUUCCUCUUCAUUUAGCUGAUUUUGAGGACCUAGCAAACAUUGAAGGCCAAAGAGAACAUUCAUUUGUAGUGAGAUGCAGGAAACAUACCUUUGCUUUCAGUGCAAGCUGCUCUCAAGAAAAGCAAGUCUGGGUCAAGAAAAUACAGGAAGCUAUUUUAUACGCAAGGAAUGAAUCUGCAGAUGGUGCCCUUAAAUCACAUGACUUUAUUAUCUCUUCCUUGCCCAAUAUCCCAAGUAAGCAGUCUCCUCAAACAGUACGUCUCUCUCGGUCUUUUAGCAACAUGCUUGAUAUAUCACUUGUGUCCAACAAGAACAGCGAAGAAAGUGAUAUUAUGCUUGAUGCAGCAUCUUUUCUUCGAAGGUCUUCUUCAACCAAUCUCGAACUGAGUGAUCAAGCCAACAUGAAACCUACUCUUGGCAAGAAGUCAUCUCAAGUCACACUCAAGAAGCGGUAUUCGGCUGACUAUUCUACUUUUAUCAAUCGGCGCUCUCAAAGUAGUUUUCAUCUCAAGCCAAGAAAUAAUUCUGAAAUGUACAUCAAACCCGAAUCUUUUGGCAAUCUAGUUACACGUCGACGACCCAAUUCGCUCGACUUGCUAUCUUCUGCUACCAACAAUAACAUGAUUGGUAAAAUGUCAUUGCAAUUCAAGAACAAUCAUCAAAAUGCUUUUCGUGUGACCGUAGACCAUAAGCUACGUGAUGUGUGCACUCAGGAAUAUCUGUCUUCAAGAGCAUGGCACAUAAGAGACAGAGACCAAGUCACAGGCGAUCAUUUGGCUGACAAUGAACUCCUGAAAAAACGCAAGUCUACAUCGUUUAUCAGAACUUCUGCCUCUAGCUUCUCGCUCAUCAAAAGAGCAACAAGUGAUACAAGUAAAACAGGUGUCGCUCAAAACUCAGAAUGUGAAGUGCCUUCUAUGACAAGCUCCUAUACAAGUUCAAUUGAACGCUCUGCUUCACCCAUCAACCAACGGCUAGAAAAAUCCCAGCUUUCUAAUUCAUCAAAUCAAUUGCUUAGAAAAGUCUCUUUUAAUCGAGGCGAGUCCCCUUUUUCAUAUGAUAGCGAAUCGAGCUUUGCUAGCAAUCUGUCUGUUAAGCGACUUGAAAGAAGCCCAAGUCGAAAACAAAUCUUGGUCGAAAAAGUUCUCAGAAGAAUAACGAGUUUGCAUCAAAAAUCACCUUCUCCAACUAGUUUUGAUUCUUCUGUUCGUUCUUCAUUCGGCUUUGAUGACGAAGAAGAGGCGGUAUUGAAAGCAACACGACACGAGGAACUGGCCCAUUUAAAAGUAGGUGAUCGACUUGCAGAGGAGACAAAUAGUACCAAAAAAGAAAAACAGAUCGUUGCUGUCCUAGGUGAUCACCACAAAAAUCGUUCAACUGGUUCUUUUUCUGCUUUUGCAUAUGCUUCUACGCCUGUUCCUCUUGAAGAGCCAGUCAAGAAGAAAAAAAAAUGGAAAACAAAACUAAGUUUGAUACGUCCUGCAAGUUUUUUGAGAAUGACAGCGAAUAGCAAUCAUUCCACUACUUUCUAGUUAGUAUGUACACAUUUUACCUAAUCUUGUAUCAUAAUAAACAAUUUAAUCAUACACACUUGAGC